AUUUUCUCACUUGACCUUAAUGCAUAAAUUAUUCUGUGAUUAUUACGUUAUUUAAUUGUUAUAUGUACAUUUUUGAAUACAUAAGCGCUUUAUUAAUUUUAUGUGUGAAAAUUCUAAAUAUACCUAAAUUUUGUUCGAUCAUAUAUUGUGAUUGUAGGUAGUGUAAGGUUUCAAACGAGCUUCUGGGUAUAUAUUUUCUGUAUUUAAAUUGAAUUAUAACCUGGACAAAUCACAAUUAAAAGUUAUGUCAAUUCUUUCAUUCUAAUGAUUUUGCUCAUUUUCUAUUCUGUUUUUAUUUGGGUUGGAUUUAUUUUUUGAUUAAAUUGCCCUUGCAAUGUUCUCUAUUAUCCAGUUGUUUUAUACUUGACUGCCCAGAUGUUGUUCAUAUAGAAUUUUCAUGAUUGAUGGCAAGAGUGCGAUUUCUUAUAAUAAAUAUAUUGCCGUUUUUGUUUUUUGUCCUUUUAUUCAGAUAUGUCUACCAUCUAGCACUCAAUAUAUAUUUAAAUAUUCCUUGAAUAUUACAGUAAUAGGCAUGUCAUCACUAUGUUAUCAAGAAGAUGACAUACAUCUUGCGAUUUUAUAUCACAAGAUGUUUAGAUAGUUAGAUUUGUUCUGAUUCAUUAACAUUUUUAAAUAUUUCGUUAUCAGUAGCUACUUCAUUUAAUCAAUGUUAAUAUUAUUCAUUUAUUACUUCGUAAGUUCAGGGCGAAUGUCCCCAGUUCUGAAAGUCAGAAGUUAUUUAGAUCUUCAGUGUCAUCGUCGCAUUCGUUUGGACCAUCUCUAUGGAAUGAAACCAAGUUUUCAACAUUUCAGGAAUUUUGCAUCAUUUGAAUAGUUUUUCGAGUUUAAACAAAGCUUAACGCAAAUUUGUGGCAAUCAUUUUUCUGUCCUUUUUGUAAAAAGCAAUGUUAAAAAAGCUUGUUAUUACGAGCUAGACACUUACCUUUGGUAUCUGUAGCAUACAUGACAUUUCGUUUGGGAGAUACAUAUUACGAAAAAUGACAUCUACCAUGAAAAUAGGUCCGCAACCACAAAUACGACGGCCACUUAUUAUAGAAAACGACGCAAUCGAAGCAGUUAACGAAUUUGUAUACCUGGGAACGCUCGUCAAUACUGAAAAUGACACUACCUCAGAGAUAAACCGCAGAAUUUGCACGGCUAAUAGAUGCUAUUUUGGCCUUAAUCUCCUUUUUAAAUCUACAGUUAUAUCAAGAAAUACAAAAGUAAAACUCUACAAAACAAUAAUACGCCCAGUCCUAACAUAUGGUUCAGAAACUUGGACUUUAACAAAAAGCAAUGAAAACAUGUUAGGAUGUUUCGAAAGAAAAAGACUGAGGCGAAUCUAUAGAGCGGUAAAUGAAAAUGGUGUCUGUAGAAGACGAUACAACUUCGAACUCUAUAGAAUAUACCAUGAACCAGAUAUCGUAAAACACAUUAAGAUAGGACGUCUGACGUGGGUAGGCCAUGUAAUGCGGAUGGAGCAAACCGACCCAGCUAGAAAACGCUCCUUGAUAGACCUAUUGGUCAAAGAAGAAGAGGAAGACCCAGAACAAGAUUCCUAGAUAACAUAGACCAAGAUAUGAGAAAUAUGGAAAUACAUGCUUGGCGGAGGAAGAGAAUUAUUGGGGAGGCUAGGACCCACACAGGGUUGUAAAGCCAAAAUGAUGAUGAUUUUGGUGCGAAAUUAUGAACGAUGGACUGAUACUUUUGGGACAGAGCUCUUUUUGUUUUUCUAUCUUCGAUGUUUUAGUUUUUUUUUUAUAUUGUUUGUGUUUGUCAUUAUCUCUCAUUAUUUAUUUUUUUGUGUGGUCGUUAUUGUUAUAAAUUUAUGUACAAUUAAAUAUCAACGAUAAUUUGAUAUUGAAAUUAAAAUGACUAUUUUUAAAUAUAUACCCAGAUUUACUUGAAACGUGUAGUUUUGAAGUUAUUAGAAUAAAAAGCGUUGGUUUAAGAUCCAUUGUCAUAGUUUUCAAAAUUUUUGUAUC